GUCACUCUACAAAUACAAAUCGUCCCCGGCUUAUUUCCCCCCUUGUCCCCCUCGCCGUUUGCUCUUGGCACCUGUUCUAUUGGCAUAUCCGUCCUCCGCUCUCACUUGGCUCACCUUUUCUUGCUCCUCUUCUCUCGACUCUUCCAUCUGGCGUGUACCCACAAGUUUCUUAGACGCGUCUAUCACCAUUUCGACCUCGCGAUGGCGCAAGAAAAGGCAGCCAACGAUGUUGGCGAGCCUCCAGUCCACACGAAAAUACCAUACUGGCGCAUAGUCACCGAUCAAGCAGGGAUAACACAGGAAGUAGCCGACUAUCGAUAUCCUGGGUCCGGCACAGAAGCAGAUCCGUUCUUGGUGCAAUGGAUUCCCAACGAUCCUAGGAACCCAAUGCUGUUUAGCAAAGCGACAAAAUGGUUCAUCACAUUCAUGGUGUCGUUGACUACAUUAGCAGUGGCUCUGCUAUCGUCUGCCUACACGGGCGGUAUACGCCAAAUCAUCAUUGAGUUCGGCAUCUCCCAAGAAGUCGCGACUUUGGGCGUCUCCCUUUUCGUGCUUGGAUUCGCCAUUGGACCGUUACUCUGGGCACCGCUCAGUGAACUCUUUGGACGCCAGUCGCUCUUUUUCGGCACCUAUGCCAUCCUGACGGCAUUCAACGCCGGUUGCGCCGGCGCCAAUUCGGCCACGACCCUCAUCGUCCUCCGCUUCUUCGCCGGUGCCUUUGGCUCAUCUCCACUCGCCAACUCGGGCGGUGUCAUCGCCGACAUGUUCCCGGCCGCCGACAGAGGCUUGGCGAUGGCGUUGUUUGCUGCCGCGCCGUUCCUCGGUCCUGUUUUGGGACCCAUCAUCGGUGGAUUCCUCGGGGCCGCGGCGGGCUGGCGAUGGGUCAUGGGUUUCUUGGCUGCGUUCUCUGGGACCCUUUGGCUUCUGGGUGCCGCCCUCGUCCCCGAGACCUAUGCGCCGUAUCUGCUUCGGCAGCGAGCUGCGAAGCUUUCCAAGAUGACUGGCAAGGUCUACGUCAGCAAGAUUGAACACGAGCAGGGCAAGAUCAGUCUGGCAGAGUCGUUCAAGACGGCCCUAUCGAGGCCCUGGAUCCUGCUGUUCCGUGAGCCCAUUGUAUUGCUCCUAUCGCUUUACAUGGCCAUCAUUUACGGAACUCUCUACAUGCUGUUUGCGGCCUUCCCUAUUGUCUAUCAACAAGAACGAGGAUGGUCACAGGGAAUUGGAGGACUUGCCUUCCUUGGCAUCAUGGUCGGCAUGGUUUUCGCCAUCAUUUACACACUACCCGAGAACGGUCGGUACAAGCGAGUACAAGAGAGAAACGGCGGAUUUGCUCCCCCGGAAACCCGUCUCCUAUCAGCCAUGGUCGGAGGCGUGGCGAUUCCCAUCGGUCUAUUCUGGUUUGCCUGGACCAACAAUGCCGACAUCCACUGGAUGGUCAGCAUCGCCGCCGGCGUACCGUUCGGAUUCGGAAUGGUUUUACUGUUCUUGAGCGUCAUGAACUACCUUAUCGACGCUUACACCAUCUUCGCGGCGAGUGUACUCGCCGCCAACUCCGUUAUCCGCAGUUGCUUCGGCGCUGCGUUCCCUCUGUUCACGACCUACAUGUAUAAAGAUCUCGGCACGAACUGGGCGUCAUCAAUCCCCGCGUUCCUGGCUCUCGCUUGUGUUCCGUUCCCGUUCUUGUUUUACAAGUAUGGUCCGGCUAUCCGCGCGCGCUGCAAGUUUGCCGCACAAUCGGAGGCUUUCAUGGCGCGGUUGCGGGAAGAGGAUACGUCGUCUUCAGACAAGGAGCCGGAAGUUAGCGGUGGACAAGAAACUGUGGCGAGCGAUACGGUCGACUCGGAUGCGUCAUCUUCAGACGAUCGCUCAUCCAUGCGCCGCCAGAGCACGCAUAUCACACGACGGACGAUGAGUCUGGCCUCGACACGCCGGAAGUCCUAUGAUGGAAACCCGUACGAUAUUGACAGAGUCAACACAAGAGAAUCUUUUGCUACGAAGCACAAGUAAUGGAGCGGCCUGGUGUGUGUCUGAGCUGUGCAUCAGUUGUCGAAGAAACUAUUAAGGAAUGAUACCCGUUGAAGUAUGGAAAGGCGAUUCUGCCUCAUGUACUAUGUAUGCAUACAGCUGUUGUCGUCGAUUACUCCAGCUCAAGAGCUGGUGGAGGUUGGAACAUUGAUCUUCAGCCAUAUUAGAGUUUGCACUUGUUGCUCCCCCGAAUAGCCUAAUAACCAUUCUAAAACUAUCUUCAACCUUGAGUCCGUGGGUGCGGAUCUUUCGCAGCAUCAAAGACCCCAGACGUGACCCCCAAC